AUGUCUAACGACGUACAGGAAGAGGAUACCUCAUACAUUGACUACGAGACCUUUCUAGCACCAGACUUCAGCCCAUCAGCCUUUGCCAACAGUCUCGUCCUUUCGACCAACAAUCCCAAUGACUCGCCGCUUGACCUCUCGACGCCUCUCUCAAAAGUGCUUUUUGACAUACAAGAGAUCGACUCCCAUAUAGACCAGCUGACUACACGCGAGGCAAUCCCUCUCUUAUCGCACACACAGGAUCAAACCGCUGCAAGUGGUCGGAUAGUGGGCGAGAUUGAUGGACAGGUCAAGUCGCUGAAUGAGAGCUACAAACAGCUGGAAAAGGAGGUUAUCCAGAAGCAUGCCGAGGCAGACACGGUCAGGCAAGUCGCCUCGCGACUCUGGGAGACGCUAAGGAUAGGGAGAUCUGUAGGCCGCUGUCUGCAACUGGGCCGACAGCUUGAGAUUCAGUAUGCAGAGCUGUCAGCCUCGGGCAGGAAGGAGGACCACCGCAGCCUGGUGCGUUGCGCACACACGAUCCUCUCUCUGAGAGAAACACUAGAAUACAAGGCUCCCGGGGAGGAGGGUCACGGUCUCGACCGUGUCGAUGCGAUUCGCUCCCUCCAGGAAUUCAUAAUCGUGCCGGUCGAACGUUCCGUGUGUGAAGUCUCGGAGCGAAUCGUGCGCGAGUUCUCCAUGGCCUCGCCUCCUUCGGCUUCUGGUGGUACGUCUGCCGGUGGGACGACAUUUGCGCAGCUGGAGGAAGCAAAGGCCCGCAUGGUCUCGGCGUUGAUUACGCUUUAUCUGCUUUCCCCGACGACGCUGGCCAAGAACGAGAAGUGGAGUCCUAUCAGCAUGCUCCAGGCUUUGGAAACGUAUUUGCGCUCGGCUCUGCAGAGCAGCGUGGCAUCACUUGCGCGGUCGCUGGCUGCUCUGCCUACUUUGGAGCGGACUCUUGCUGAGAUCAGUGCACGCUGCCAAAACAUUGUCGCUCUCGAGCUGGUCCUGGAAUCUACCAAGACCCCUCUGCACCCGCUUAAGGCUCAAAUGGGCGCUGGAGCUGCAAGCGAGAAGAGUGUAAACCUGCUACAGUUCUUAUUGGCUUAUCUAGAGACGGGAUCUUUGGCAUCUUACUUCUGGAGGACGCUGGCAAGCAGCCUGUCGACCAGAGUACAAGAAAUCAUGAACAGAGGAGGCGUGUCGGCACGAACUCUUAGGUCCAACAAGACUGCCGUUGGUGACGCAAUCCGAGAGUGCGUCUUGAGGGGAGCACAGCUGCCUGGUUCUGCUGUGGCGGUUGGCUCAUCCUCCAAGAGCAAGAUGAAUAUCGAUAAGAUCAAUGCCUGGGAUCGCGAGGUUGCCGUUAUGGUGGCCAGUGUAGUAAACAACAUCACCAGAUAG